AUGAAUUCAGUCAUCAUUUUCUUUGUUGGAGAAACGUCUCAGUGGGAUGAGCAUGAGGCAGUUUCAGACGAAGCGAUUCGCGAGGGAGACGUUGUGGUGCUCAACUUCAAGGACAGCUACAAGAACCUAACGCACAAGUUCCUCCUUGGGGCAAAGUGGGUCUCCGACAACUGCCGUCUCGACUCUGCAGUCACGAUUGUCAAACUGGACGACGACGUUUUAGUGAACGUGUUCGCCUUGUCCUCGUACCUGAAUAGUGGAGUGAUGGCGCUGACCGGAUUCCAUUGUAAUGUUGUGACAGGUGCUGUGCCCUUCAGGACACGAAACUCUAAGUGGCUGGUCCACAACAAUGACAUCCAAAAUGGAGAAAAUGUGGCACCGUUUCAAGCAGUACAACCGGACAGCGAAGUAUAA